AUGGACUCUUCCACAUCUGAGGCCGUCGCUGAAAAGUUCGGCAAACCCGCCCCCGAAGUCCUCGGCGAACUUGAGAGCAUUCUCAGAAUAUACGGGAUCAGUGAUGAGGAGCUGUUCUUCAAAUGGGAAGCAUACUGUAUCAAGAUGGGAUCGGAGAACACAAAGUUGAACCUGGAUACUGUGCUGGCCUUCAAGAAGGAUGUGCAGGAGUUAUUUGAAAAGGAGAUGAAGUCCAGAACGCGGCUGCACGGGGCGAACACCUCGAGACCGGUUGCCCGGACGCCGAGGGUGAAGAAUACGGGGGAUCAUGUGGGAUUGUUUGUUCUACCUAUGAGUGUACGGGAGGGGUGAUGAUUUGGGGGCUAAUUCAUUGUUUUGGCGGUAGCUUGGAUGGGUUAAUACCCACGACACCAAAGGGUGCGAAGGGGAGUGUCAAACGGAAGUUUGAAAAAGCGCCGUUUGAAACGCCGUCGAGCAAGGCGGGCAGGUUUUCGGAUGUGAAUUCUCCGGGCGCAGCUGUCGGGUCUUCGCCGGUGGGUCCUCCACAUAAGAUUGGUGGGCAGCAUAUACCGUAAUACCUUCCCUAUUCUUCGUCUGCUGGUGUGCAUGCUGACGGGCUGUUUUGUAGUUCUGCACCUUUUGCACAACGAAAAAAUGCGGGCAGCACGGUCGAAGUGCUCAAUGAGCAUAUCCCUAAGCCUUCCCUCCCACUUCCUGAAUCAUCGGUGGACGCGGAACUUGCGUCAUGGGAUAGUCGGGCUAAGCUUGUCUUGGGGGUUGAACUGAAGAAAUUCUCCUAUAGGCCGAUGCACCAGAAACUCUCUGAAGCCUCCGAGGUUAUGGAUGACCGGAUUGAUGAGUUUAUGGGGAUGGUACGAGAACACCACCAACUGGCAGACCGCCAGUUCGGAAAUCCUUCUACAGCAUCGCCCUCCGAGAUUAUAGCUGUGGGAAGGAUAUCCUGUGAUACUCUAGAUGGGAGACUUUCCCCGUCUUCUGUUCUGCUUGAAGCAUCGCGAAAGAUGGGUGCUGGCUCGAGAAUCCGACUGAAGUUGGACGCGGUGCCGAGUUAUUCGUUUUUUCCUGGACAAAUUGUCGCUGUAAGGGGUGUCAAUGCUUCCGGUGAAUAUCUCGCUGUCAGGGAAAUACUCGACAUCCCAAAGUUACCGUGUCGGGCAUCCCCGCCCGAUGUGCUACUAGAAACUGCCGGUCGUUUAUCCGCCGGAGGUCUUAACAUUGUCGUUGCUUCAGGACCAUACACAACGGACGACAACUUACACUUCGAAGCUCUCAGUGAGAUAUGUGAUAAAGCAGCCAAAUCGUGCCCUGAUGUUCUGAUCCUAGCAGGGCCAUUCAUUGAUGUUGAUCACCCUCUUAUAAGGACUGGCGACUUUGAUUUUGACAUGCAGGGCCGUGACGGUGGUUGGGGGAUGGAGGAUCUAUUCCGCGAAAUAAUCACCCCCAAAGUAAGGCGAGUGCAGCGCAGCCUGGUACUUCUGGUACCAAGCGUGCGAGACAUCAUCAGCAAGCACGUGUCCUUUCCCCAAGAACAUUUCAAGCGCCGGGUAUUGGAUUUGCCAAUAGUAGGUUACAUCCCCGAGUGAUCCCCGAUGGCCGAACUGACAUAGGACACCUCCCUCCGGCCUGUAGAACGUAAAAUGUCUCCCAAACCCGGCUACUUUUUCGAUUAACGAGAUUCUCUUCUCUAUAUCUACGAAUGACAUACUGUUCCACAUGACCUCACAAGAGACCAAUCGGUAAGACAACCUCUUUUCUUUUCUUUUCUCUUCCCCCCCCCCUCUUUUCGGGUUCCAGCCCCCCACUCCUACCUACCUACCUCUUCCCUCACUUCUCGGAGCUAAACAGGCCGAUAACAAAAUUUCCCGCAGAAACCCCCAAGACACCAAUCCCACCGCCCGUAUCUCAAAAGCCCUCAUCUGCCAGCGUAACCUCUAUCCCCUUUUCCCGGGCCCCUCGAAGGAGCAGUUACCCCGUGGCGCGACGGGACCAAAUCUGGACGUGCCAAACCUGCGGCUGGCUGACCUUGUGGGCGCCGUGCCGGAUGUGCUCUUAUUGCCUAGCAUGCUGGCCAGCUCGGUAAGGGUGGUCGACGGCGUGCUUGUCGUGAAUCCGGGGUUCUUGUCGAAGCGGAUGGGGCCUGGGUCGUAUGCCGAGAUGCAUGUUUUGCCGCCUCAGGUUAAGGGUGGGGAGGAGGAGGUGGGGGGGGAGUUGGGCCAUAGGGUUUGGGAGAGGGCUAGGGUGGAGAUUUUGAGGAUU